AUGAAUUCUGUAAAACAGAUCACUUUUUAUGCUAAAGAACAUCCGGAACCGAAUACCCUGUUGGGGAAUAUAUUUACUGCUAGUGGAAUAUUAGAUAGUACAGUGAAGAGUAUUCGAUUGGAGGCAUUAGAUGCUCAAUGGUCAAGUUGUUUUCGUAUCGAUCGGCGUACAGGGGAUUUAUACACGACGAAUGAAGCGAAACACAUUCUGGAUAGUGAAAAGCUAUGCAUGAAUAAUCAAAAUAAUAAUAAAAGAAUAAUAUCAAGUGGAGUUUAUACCCCGACGAGGAUGAGUAUUCACCAUUACUGUACAGUUAAUUUACUGAUUUCAAUAAAUAAUCGUAUCCUUAUCACUAUUAAUGUACAAAUUGAAGACAUUAACGAUAAUGCUCCAGUUUUACCAGACUCUAAUUUACAAAGGAUAUUUAUUAAUGAAACAUCUCUACCAGAGGUGACUAGAAUCUCGUUGAAACCAGCUUAUGAUGCAGAUUUCAAUGGAUAUAAUCAGUUGUAUUACUAUCUUAGUAUUAUUAAUGAUAAUAAUAGUAAUAAUAAUAAUAUUAAUGACCUUGAUGACGGUAUAAAUCCUUUUCGUAUUGAAUACAAGUCACAAUUGAAUGGAUCUAACAUGUCUGACGAUUUAAAUCUAAUUUUAACAAAACCUUUAGAUUAUGAAAGUCAAUCAGAGUAUAAAAUGAACUUAACAGUCUGUGACGGUAAUCUCAAGACCAAGUAUACAAUUGUUCAUUGUUCAUCACAAAUGUUACUGGUUAGUGUGAAUAAUGUAAACGAUGAAUUGCCAUGGUUUGAAGCGACUAAUUAUACUGCUGUUAUAAAAGAAACUACACUGAUUGGCAGUGAUAUUUUAAAGGUGACUGCCAAAGACAACGAUGCCAGCCCAUACAAUGAAAUCUAUUAUCGUAUAUUAAUGCCUAGUUCAGAUAGGUUGUUAAUGUUCAAUUCACACGAUUUAUUUCAAAUUCAACCGAGAACCGGUGUUAUCAGUUUGGCGAAACCGCUUCCUAAACCAGGGGAGUAUAAGUUUCUUGUACAAGCUUUAGAAAAUGCUGACACUGGCGACUAUGACACGUCAGUCAAUAAUGAUAAUAAUAGUUCAACAGGGGAUGCACAUCGUUUAGCCAAAGGUGUUACACACGAAGCCGUGAAUAAUGCCCAUAAUAAUAAUAAUAAUAUUGCCAGCGUUUAUAUUCAAGUAUUGGAUGUGAAUAAUCAUGCGCCUAGAAUUGAAAUUCAACAAACUCAUGAUUCUGUAUUGCACUACUCAAAUCCUCCUACCACUCAACCACCACCUCUUAAAAGCAUAAAUGGUAAUUAUACAAAAUUUAUUUUAUUAAAUAUUUCUGAAAAUGUUUUGAUAAAUACACCUAUAGCUUAUUUCAAAAUUACUGAUGAAGAUCAGUUGAAGAAUGCUGAAACAACCUGUAAACUAAUACGUUCCAAUGAUGGUGAACCGUUUCUCUACGCCAGAAAAGAUAACAAUUAUCAAGCGGAUUUAUUCUUCAAACUGAUACCUGUGAAUCGUAUAAGUGAACAUGUGACAAUACAAAAGUUAAUGUUAGUCAGACAGUUAGACGCCGAAGAUUUGCACGAAGAUCUGCUACUGAAAGAAGUUGAACCUCCAGUGAAGUUAGCAAGUAGCAUUGCUGGUUACUUGGGCAUACUACUGGUGUGCAGUGAUUUUGGUACACCGAAACUAUCCACAUCUAUGCCUAUUAUUAUUGCAGUUGAUGAUGUUAAUGAAUUUUAUCCAAGCAUCGAGGUGAUCAAGUCGUCAACAUAUGCAUCUUUAGUAUUCAAGAAGUCAUUUUAA